UUUCUUUGACAUUGAGUGCUUGAAAAGUGAGCUCAUUGUAUUCUAUGCAGACAAAAAUCUCCCAAGUUGUUAAUAGGGAUAUGUUCCCAUUCUUAAAGUACUUCAAGCAAAACAAUUUGGACACAGCCAUGUGCCAGCUUUACUGUCUGAUAUAUCUUGUAGCAACCAUUCCUGCAUCUGCAGCAGCUGUUGAACGGAGCUUUUCUUGCCUAAAGUGAAUCGAAACAUAUUCAAGGAAUACCACAGGUCAGGAGCACUUCAGCCAUCUUGCUCUUAAUGCUAUGGAAAAGGGGAUCGUUGAGGCUGUUGAAAAAAAUCCAUGCUGGCAUAAUGCUGUAAUUGCCCAUUUUGCUGGAGAGAAAGACAGACAGGCAGAGCUCUUUCUCAAAUGACAUCACUCAGGAUUCAUCAAUAUCAAAUGUCAUGGCGGCCUCAGUAUCGGAGCUCCAAGUUCCGCCAUGUUUUCGGUAAGCCUGCUAACAAGGAGAACUGCUAUGAUGGGGUGCCCAUCACCAAGAGCGUUCAUGACAACCAUUUCUGCGCCGUAAACCCCAGGUUUAUUGCUGUGGUCACUGAGUGUGCAGGAGGUGGAGCUUUCCUCAUCAUACCAAUUCAUCAGACUGGAAAGAUCGACCCUCAUCACCCGCGGGUCUGCGGCCACAGAGGAAACGUGCUGGACAUUAAGUGGAACCCGUUUGAUGACUUCUCCAUAGCUUCGGCCUCGGAAGAUUCAACUGUAAAAAUCUGGGAUAUUCCUAAACAUGGGAUGAUGAAGAACAUCACGACGGCCAAGAAGGAGCUUCAGGGGCAUUCCCGGAGAGUGGGGCUCAUUGAGUGGCACCCAACUGCUGGCAAUGUCCUCUUCAGUGCCGGAUAUGACUACAAGAUCAUGGUGUGGAACCUAGAUACUCAAGACCAGGUCAUCAAGAAUCCUGUGAAAACAAUUAGCGUGCACAGUGAUGUGGUCCUCUCCAUGUCCUUUAACACGGAUGGUAGUCUCCUAGCAACAUCCUGCAAGGACAAGACUCUAAAAGUUAUUGACUCACACACAGGUGUUGUUUUGCAGGAAGCCAACUGCAAGUCCCAUAAAGCAAGCAAGGUUGUGUUUCUGGGCAACCUGAAAAAGCUCAUCUCAACAGGAACGUCAAGGUGGAACAACAGGCAAAUUGCACUGUGGGAUCAGGAUGACCUGUCCGUGCCUUUACUGGAGGAGGAUCUGGACGGCUCUUCGGGGGUCCCAUUCCCGUUCUACGAUCCUGAUACCCACAUGCUGUAUGUCGCUGGAAAGGGAGAUGGCAACAUUAGGUACUAUGAAAUCAGCUUUGAGAAGCCUUAUCUACAAUUCCUAGCAGAGUACCGCUCAUACUUGACUCAGAAAGGAAUGGGAAUCAUGCCAAAGAGAGGCCUGGAUGUCUCCUCCUGUGAGGUCUUCAGGUUUUAUAAACUAGUGACAACCAAAAGCAUUAUUGAGCCACUCUCCAUGAUCGUACCGCGGCGGUCUGAGUCAUACCAGGAGGAUAUCUACCCAAUGACUGCUGGAUCUGAGCCAGCAAUGACAGCAGAGGAGUGGUUCAAAGGGGUCCAUAAAGAUCCUGUAUUGAUGUCCCUGAAACCUGGCAGCAAAAACUCCCAGUCCAUUCCACUGGUAACUGCCAGGGAACCGCUGAGCCUCCUCGAACCGAAAAGGUUUCAGAAUCGCAUCGAGCAGUUGGAGGUGGCAUCGAUCCAGGAGAGGCUGGAGCAGAAGGGGACGAAAGAGGAGAGACUGGAGGACAAGAUUCAGAGCAAGACUCGGUCUGCCUUCUCCAAUGGUUGUGAUCUGUCGGAAUGUGCGCCACCCAAAACCGAAAACGAGCUGUUGCAAAUGUUUUACCGGCAACAGGAAGAAAUCCGACGGCUGAGAGAACUGUUAGGUCAGAGAGACGUCCGCGUGAAACAGCUGGAGCUGGAGAUCAAAAACAUCCGGAACUGCCCGGGGAGCUGCUGAGAGAAAGGGAUCCAAAUCCUGAAGCCAUUCUAAAGCAGCAAGAAGAAGAAAAAACAAACCAGGCUUGACUGUUGUUUGUAUAAUUAUAUAUUUUAUAUUGCAAAAGAAAAAAAUAGAUUUUAAGCAGUACCUCUGGUACAUUGUGCACAUUUUUUUAAAACUUGUUUUACAAUUGUGUACAUAUUUUCUAAUUCUUAAUCACUUCCAUGGUUUACGCAGCUAUUGUGUCAGUUUUUACGGUACUUUACAGACUGGGCUCCACAAGCCUGGUUCAGUUUUUUUUUUUCUUUGGUAUUACUUUUUUUUGUUCUUUUGUAACACAGUUAAUAAGUAAUUUCCUCACUUGUCUCUUAUAAUGACCAUUUGCGUUUUGUUAACGAUAAGUUCUUUUUUUAUGUUUUUCCAUACUGAAUGUCAUUUGUGCUCAAUAAUAUAUUAUAUUAUAUACAAAUAGGUUGGUUUUUAAAAAGUAGUUGGGACAAUUCAUCAAGCUGUUAAUAUAAAAAGUGUUCAGGGCAGGGUGAUACAGGGGUGGUGUCAUUGCGUUUCAGUUCCUGUCAGAUAGUACAGAGCAGCUUUAACCUGCUCCCAGGUGAAGAAUUAUUGGCACCUCCUUCUGUGAACUGGUGUUUGCCCUGUGGCUACACACCAAACUGUUCUUCCAGGACUACAGCUUGCUGAAUCACAGAUCAGUGACUGGGUGGAUUAGCUUCAUUACACACCAGACCCUUAAUUAAUGUUCUGGAUGAUGGUGAAAAUAGAUUAAAUCAUUCAAAUAUGGGCCUUGUUUACAUACUUUUACAGACUAAAAAUUACUUGAAAGGGACUUGUAUGCAUUGUUAAAGUAUAUAAAAUACAAGGACUGUAUUUUAAUGAUUUAAAGGGAAGGUGGCUUAAUAGAUUAUGUAUGGUAAACCGGCCAUAUUGUGUGUUAGACUUACAUAUAACAGCCACUCUUUAUUUAGUCUUGUGCUAUGGAGAAAAUUGUUCUGCUUGUUUGUUGUGUGCACCUUUUUUCCUUAAUUAUGCAGCAGGGUAUUUAGCCAUACUUGUAUGCACUGCUUCUAGAAAUCUGCAAAGGGAAGGUAAGCCUUUUUACGUGCUAUAGCGAUCAGUAUCGUUUGUUUGAAUCUGUUGAUUGAUUCAAAAUAAUAAUGGCACACACACACACAUCAAUACUUAAGAAUUGUACUGCUAUUAGCUCAUUUUUAAUUUUACUGGUAAAUUAAAUAUAAAAAAAGACAAAUUAUUGGACACUUGUACAACAAAAAAAAAGAUGUGUGUUGAUUCUUAGUGCAAUAUUUUAGUAUCUAAUAUGUACACAAUUUUAUAAAUGAAUAAGCUACUUGCAUUUUUGGAGGAUUUUUGUUUAAAAAAUAAAAUUAUAAAUGCAAAAAAAAAACAACCAAAAGAUAAAUCUUUAAUCUUUGUUUGCAAUCUGCAAGUCUUCCAGCGCUGCCUGAUUCUUUCCCACAUUAAUUUGUAUCGCUUCUGGAUCAUUUAUUGUUAUUACUCUUGCUCUACUCUUUUGUAUAACCAAGACUGUUAAGCAGAGAGUUUUGUACUCCUGCAUAUUUUAAUCACCUUAGAAUGGAGUGGUCUAUGGGGGGAAUUCUGUUCUGUGUGCAGUCACUUCACUAAAACACAAGUUAACAAGAUCCAGAACACAUGGCUUUAGAAUUGCCCAAACCCUUUUUGAUCCAAGGAGCCCAGAUGAGAAUCAUGUACUUUCAGCUUGGCUAGCUGCUUUCAUUAAGCCUCACUGUUCUGUAAAAACUGUUAAAUGAAUGUAUUUAGCAGACAACGCAUAUGCAGUCGAUGUAGUUGUUAACAUUCUGCAGUACUUUUAGUGCCAAGCUGUAUCAGUGGCACAGUUUCAGCAAAAGUGUCGGGGUUAGCUGUUGUAGCUGCUUGCACUCUCCAGACUUUUUCAAGGGUUUGUUCAGAUCUCUGUGACCACUAACAUAAUUUCCUUUUCUUAUCACAGCGUUGUAGCAGUAGCAGGUAUGUAGUGCCCUGGAGGUGGACAUUAUUACUUUUAGGAGCUUAAUGGAAAUAGGGCUCAGUAAUAACGGUUUUGGGCAUGCAGCUGAGAACAGUAACAAACACUGAUUACUGGAAAUGUGGCUUAAGUUCUGCACUUUUACAAUGAAAAAAACCGCCUGUGUUAUUUCAUUCAAGAACUAUGAAUGUUACGCAAUAAAAAAGAGAAACAGUGAUGUUUUUAUGUGCUGUAUGAAAAUAUUCUCCCCCCCAAAAACUAUUUUCUGUUUUACAUCAUUGCCAAUUUUUAAUUGAAAUAUGUAUAAUCUUUGCUACUGCAGAUGUGCUUUUAAAAUCAUUUUUAUUGACAAUUUUUCAGCUGUAAAAACAGACUUGUUUAAUAUGUAGAAAUACAUUGCUGCCUUCUGGAUGCAUUGUUUAUUUUCAAUAUUCGACACCUGAAUCGGGUGAAAAACAAGCAAUGGCGUUUUGACAUCCAGAAGUCUUACUAUCAUAAAAAGGCAUAGUGAUAAUCUAGGUAGGAAUUUAUUUCACUAUUAAAUUACACAAGACUGCCUAUCACCGCACUGUGAUGUAGACACGCAAAACUCACAUUACACUCACUCACUCAUUCACUCUGGUUUGCACCUACAAACCAACUGCAAUGAAACAGUGGCAUACAUUUAGCAGUCAGGAAAUCUUAAUGCUUGGUUAAUAAAUACUGUAUAAAAAAUACUGUAAGGGCAGGAUUUUCAAAAAACAGUGUUAUUGUAUUGAACUUGUGGUAUUGUAACGAGAGCUUUAGUAGCAAGUGAAUUUCAAAUGAAAUGUGUUAAUUAAAUCAAUCCGUUAAUGCUUUGAAAUUGAGUCGAUGAGGUCGUUAAUGAACGCAUUUCUCGUUAAAAAGCUUAAUUGUCACAGGUCACAUACAUCACUUCCUGUCUCAACGACUAGAUAAGGGGAACCCGUCAAUCAAAAUGCAUGUUAAUGAGAUCAUCAAUUAAGCAUAAUUCGCUGUUAUGGCAACUACAGGGAGGCAGCUCUCCCACCAGCGAGCAGCAGCCAAAUGGAAAUGAAAUAAAAAAUAAUGGGAAUGUCUAUGUUGUGUAUGAUUUGUAAACUUCAUUUAAAAUUGUGCAUUUUGUCAUGCACAAUAUAUAUUUAUUUAAAACACUUCACAUUUAAAAUUAUGAUUUAUGAUUAUCUGGCGUGUGGGUAAAAAUCAGAUGGCAGGGAUUCAAAUAAAUACAUUAAUUAAUACAAAUUAAACCCCACUAGUCAUUUACCAUCUUUUGGGGGGGAUAUUUUGCCACAACUUACGAUAUACAACUCUUAAUGUGCAUUUUGAAAUCUUUUUUUUGGUUAAAAAGAAAAAAAAAAUACCGUAAGCCAUCUAUCUAUAUUGGUUGGAAUUUAUUUUCUUAUGUUGACAUCUAAUUUUGUCUGUAUUUUAGUAUGUGUGAUUGUAGGCUAUAAAUAAAUAAGUUUGAAGUGCUGUUUGUGUUUGUAGCUGUUAACUCUAUUAUGUAUAUAACACUUCAUUAUAUAUUUAUUAAGCUUUUAAAAUUACAAUAGAACUCCCUAACCCAAUACUUAUUAUAAUUAAUUGUUUGGUGAAUUUCUCUAAUCAUGCAUUUUCUCUGUUACUCUUUGCUCGCCUCCACGAUAAAUAAACUCAACAUGAUUCGAAGUGGCCACCCAACACUUAAAGUAUAUUAAAAUCCAACUGCCAAUUAACUUCUGAUAAAUUAUGACAAUUAACAUAGAUUUCCUUUUAAAUUCCCACUCAAACAAAAUAAAUAGUCGCACCCAGCUCCUUAAGAUAUUAACAUUAUUUCGUAAAUCAACAUAAUUUCGGAAAUCACAUUAGGACGAUUAAAACAAAAUAGGCAUAACCACCGCUUGAAAAUGCCAAAGUCAAUGCUACAAACCGAUUUGUUGAUUAACACUGGAGUUAUCAUUUACGACCUUUUGAAAAUCCUGCCCUAAUUUUAAAUGUAAAAACAAAAAGAUUUUACUAAAAGUUUGAAAAAAGGAAAAAAUAGCAAUAUGAAACUGUCAUAUUUUUUUUUAUUAAUUAGCAUCAUAUCCUGAUUUUAAAACCGUUAUAUGACGUCAUUAAUCUUAACAUGAAUUUUCCAAUUUAGCUGAAAACUGGAUUCAAACUAAGCCGGAGAACUGUAUAUUUGUCAGAAAACUGGAUCUGUAAAAGACAGACCCAUUCCACCGAAUAUACAGUGGUCAAUUGCUCUAAAUUAAAUUGUUCAUACUAACAUGGUUUAAACGCUAAGGGAUGGGAAAUCGUUUUGUAACGACAUUUUGAAUGAAUAGCUAUUUUAGACACCCCUGAUAAACAGUAAUUACUUUCACCAAUUCAACACUUGUAACAGUUGUUAUCCCUUGCAUUAGGGGUGACCAAUGUUGGCCUUUCCACUCCUGGGCUAAAUUGUUUAAUUGAACCAAUUCAACCUCCAUUCAGACCGGAGAGUAGUUAAUUCUCUCAUUUUGCCUGUGAAAAUGAAGGUGAAAUUUGAAAAGGAUUAAACGUUGUCAUUAAACUUUUAAAAAUGUACAGUCGUAAAGAAAAAUACAUUGGUCGAAAAAAAAUCACAAAGCUUUGCUAGCUCUGUAUUCAUUGAUUUUAGUGUUUACAGAAUCUCUCCUGCUUAUCUCCUACCUCGGACAGCCUGUAUCGCUCAGGAUAUGUUUUGUGUGACUGUAUUCACGAGACAUCGUCUGAACAAAGAGCUUUGCAAUAAGCACUUAAAUACUUGUUUGUUAUUUCUUACAAACGUGUGCUUCUAAAUCACUAUAUUGGUCUUCAACACUGAAUGUUGCUACUGGACACUUUUAUGAGCCCUAGUAUAUUAUUGUGACUACAUUUUAAAUUGUGAUUUCUAUUUAUUUCUUGAAUUUGUUUUUCAGAUUGCUUCUGUAAAACACAAACAAACAAAAAAACUAUUGCAGGUAUGUUUUUAAUGAAAAAAAAACGAGAUGAAUCAGUACUAAAUGGUACCUUUUCAAA